GCUUUGAGCUCAAUCUACGUUCCCUACCUGAAUAUUUCAUCUGCGACUCGAUCCCUCCAACGAGAAUCAUGUCAGACUCAGAAUUUCCUGUGCCCGAGACUCGCGUGCUUGCAGUCGCCAGUCAUGUAGGACACAAACUACUGAAGCAAUUGCUAGGACCAGACUGACAUUCUACUGAAGGUUGUCUACGGAUACGUCGGGAACACAAUGGCGACCUUCGUCAUGCAAUCACUGGGCUGCGAAGUAGCAGCUCUCAACACCGUUCAGUUCAGCAACCAUCUAGGCUACGGCCAAGCAAAAGGAACCCGCGCCACCGCCCAAGAGAUAACAGACCUCUACCAAGGCCUGAAAGAUUCCUACCUCGACGAUUUCCAGAUGAUGCUCUCGGGCUACCUACCCGGCGCUGCCUCCGUCGAGGCCGUGGGCACCAUCGGCCGCGAUCUCAAAUACAAAGCUACCAUGAAACCGGGCAGUUUCUUCUGGGUCCUCGAUCCCGUCAUGGGGGAUAAUGGGAAAUUGUACGUUGCGGAGGAUGUAGUGCCUGCUUAUAAGGGGCUGGUCAAGGAUGCGGAUCUGAUUCUGCCGAAUCAGUUCGAGGCGGAGACGUUAUCCGGAGUCAAGAUUGUGGAUAUGGACUCGUUGAAAGAGGCCAUUACGACGCUGCAUGGAAAGUAUAGAAUCCCACAUAUCCUCAUCACGUCGAUAGCGUUUCCGACGCAUGGUGCUACGCCUUCGCUGUCCGUGGUAGGAUCGACGUUCACGACGGGGGCGAAGCCGAGGAUCUUUGGGAUCAAGAUACCGGCUAUCGAUUGCUUCUUUAGUGGGACAGGAGACAUGUUUGCAGCGUUGAUGCUGGUGCGGUUUCGGGAAGCGGUUACUAAUGUUCCGGGUUUGAUGGCGACGGCGGCGUGGGUGAGCGGUGAUGAAGUAGAGGCUACGGAAUUACCGCUUGCGAAAGCUACGGAGAAGGUGUUGGCGAGUAUGCACGAGGUUUUGACGAAGACGAAAGAAAGUAGAGAUGCGGAGUUAGAGAGAUAUAGUAAGCAGGUCGGAGGGAGGGAUGCGAUGAGUGAUGAGAAGAAGUUGAGGUUGGUGAAGUCGAAAGCUGCGGAAGUUAGACUUGUGAGGAAUUUGAAAGCGUUGAAAGAUCCUGAUGUUAAGUUUAGAGCCGAGACGGUAUAGAUGGGAUAUACAAAGCCAGAAUAAGCAACGGCGGCGUUCAGAGUAUAGAAUGUCAAGCAUGCAUGUAGACAGACGUCUGAUAGCAUUCAGAUCAUAGCACAUCUAUUCUUUCCCUUCAUCCCAUUCC